AUGGCUCCAAACACUACCAGAAAGCAAAAGAUUGUCAAGACCUUCACUGUCGACGUUUCCUCUCCAACCGAAAACGGUGUCUUCGACCCAGCUUCCUACGCCAAGUACUUGAUCGACCACAUCAAGGUCGAACAUGCUACCGGUAACCUAGGUAACGCCAUCACUGUCGAAGAAGAUGGUUCCGUCGUCACCAUUGUUUCUACUACCAAGUUCUCUGGUAAGUACCUAAAGUACCUAACCAAGAAGUACUUGAAGAAGAACCAAUUGAGAGACUGGAUCAGAUUCGUCUCUACCAAGACUAACCAAUACAAGUUGGCCUUCUACCAAGUCACUCCAGAAGACGAAGAAGAAGACGAAGAAUAA